AUGUCGGCGGAAGUGCCUGCUACGAACGACUCGAACGUCUACGAGGGUGCCAUUGGUAUUGACCUGGGUACCACCUACUCGUGCGUUGGUUGGUGGUCGAACGAGCGUGUUGAGAUCAUCGCCAACGACCAGGGUAACCGUACCACUCCCUCGUACGUUGCCUUCACUGAGAGCGAGCGUCUCAUCGGUGAUGCUGCCAAGAACCAGGCUGCCAUGAACCCGCGCCAGACUGUGUUCGACGCUAAGCGUCUGAUCGGUCGCCGCUUCGACGACCCCGACGUGAAGAAGGACAUGCAGCACUGGCCGUUCACUGUCAUUGACAAGGACGGCAGCCCCUACAUUGAGGUCGAGUACCUCGGUGAGAAGAAGCAGUUCUCGCCGCAGGAGAUCUCGUCGAUGGUGCUCACCAAGAUGAAGGAGAUUGCUGAGGCCAAGAUCGGCAAAGAGGUGAAGAAGGCUGUGGUCACUGUCCCGGCCUACUUCAACGACUCGCAGCGUCUUGCCACCAAGGAUGCUGGUUCGAUUGCUGGUCUCGAUGUGCUCCGUAUCAUCAACGAGCCGACCGCUGCCGCUAUUGCCUACGGUCUGGACUCGAAGUCGAGCCAGGAGAAGAACGUCCUCAUCUUCGACUUGGGUGGUGGUACGUUCGAUGUCUCGCUCCUCAACAUCACCGGUGGUGUGUUCGCUGUGAAGGCCACUGCUGGUGACACGCACUUGGGUGGUGAGGACUUUGACAACGCCCUGCUUGAGCAUUUCAAGAAGGAGUUCGAGCGCAAGAACAAGGUGGACAUGUCGGAGGAUGCCCGUGCUCUCCGCCGUCUCCGCAGCGCCUGUGAGCGUGCUAAGCGCACUCUCUCGAGCGUGACCCAGACCACUGUUGAGGUCGACUCGCUCUUCCAGGGUAUUGACUUCCAGGCCAACAUCACCCGUGCCCGCUUCGAGGAGAUCAACGCUGCUGCCUUCAAGGGUACCCUCGACCCGGUCGCCAAGGUGCUGAAGGACUCGAAGAUCCCUGCUGACAAGGUCGACGAUAUUGUGCUGGUCGGUGGUUCGACCCGUAUCCCCAAGAUUCAGGCUCUUGUCUCGGAGUACUUCAACGGCCGUCAGCUGAACAAGUCGAUCAACCCCGACGAGGCCGUGGCCUACGGUGCUGCUGUCCAGGGUGCUGUGCUUACCAACCAGACCAGCGACAAGACCGCUGACCUGCUCCUGCUCGAUGUGGCCCCGCUCUCGCUCGGUGUUGCCAUGCAGGGUGACGUGUUCGGUGUGGUCGUGCCCCGUAACACCCCGAUCCCGACCAACAAGACCCGUGUCUUCACCACGGUCGAGGACAACCAGACCCAGGUCACCUUCCCGGUGUACGAGGGUGAGCGUACCCAGUGCAAGGACAACCGUCUCCUUGGUGAGUUCGAGCUGACUGGUAUCCCUCCGAUGCCCCGUGGUCAGGCUGAGCUGGUCUGCACCUUUGAGGUGGACGCCAACGGUCUGCUCAAGGUCUCGGCUAUGGACAAGGCCUCGGGCCGCAAGGCUAACAUCACCAUCACUAACUCGGUGGGUCGCCUGAGCUCGACGGAGAUUGAGCAGAUGAUCAAGGACUCGGAGACCUUCAAGAACGCCGACAAGGAGUUCCAGGCCAAGCACGACUCGCGCAAUGACCUCGAGGCCUACGUUCACUCGGUCGAGAGCACCAUCUCGAACCCGGCUGCCAACUUCAAGCGCGCUGCCAAGAUCCAGGUCGAGCAGGAGCUCGCCAAGGCUCUGGAGCUGCUCGAGCUCGAGGACGCCUCGGCCGACGACUACCGCCGCUGCUCGCUGCGCCUCAAGCGUGCCGUGCAGAAGGGUCUCUCGGGUGGUCGCUAA